AUGCCUGGGAACAGGGAACUUGCUUCUCUCCUUGCCCUUGAUUUUUGCUUCAUUGAUAGGCUGCUGGUCGAUUUGUUCACCGGCCGGAGCAAUAUUGAAGUGAUUGGUGCAAUAGCAGGAUAUUCGUAUUACGGAGAGGACAUGAUAAGUGUUCCUGAAUCGAGCAUAUGGAUGAUAGCGUUAAGUCUCUCUUUGACACUGGCAAUUACUGCUGCUUCCCGAAAAGCUUUACUAAAAUGGAGAGAACUAGAGGAGCUUCAAUGGAAAACUCCUUGCGGCCCAGAUGUGGAGGCUUGCAGAAGUCCCGUUAACGACGAAGAUCAUCAGCCGGUGCACGCGAACUUUGAGUGCGUCCUGCAAGUUCCUGACUCCAUGUUCAAUUCAGAAGUGCCGAGCGACGGUACAAUGAUACCUGUUACGCUGACCUUGGAAGAGCCCAGAAGCUCUACUCCAGAAAUGAGUGCAAUUCGUGAACCGAUACAAUACCCUAGGACGUCUUUGACCUCUCCUGGCCCAUCGGCUUCCGAUUUCCAAAGCUGCAAGAGCAAUAAUGCAAUUAAUCCGAAACGGUACUCGCAUGGCGAUAAGGCUGCUGCCACACCGCCGCGAGCAGCAGGGCAAUCCAAGAUAGCGUCGUAUUUUGGGCAGCACCUCUCACCUCGUCCGCCUUGGCUGCUGAUGCCAGCAAGACCAAGUGAGCGUGAGGUCCACAGCGAUCAUGUGUAG